AUGCUGUAUGUUGAUCUAAAUUUAGACUAUAAUAUUAAGGAAAAUAGUAUUCAUGAUUUGUCUAAAAACAGACUGGUUGAAGUUCCAAUGGAAUUGUGCCAUUUUGUAUCACUGGAAGUUCUUAAUCUGUAUCAUAAUUGUAUCAGAGUCAUUCCUGAGGCUAUCAUUAAUCUGCAGAUGCUGACCUACUUAAAUUUGAGUCGAAAUCAGCUGUCUGCCCUGCCUGCCUGCCUGUGUGGUCUGCCUCUCAAAGUCUUAAUUGCAAGUAACAACAAGCUUGGAUCACUACCAGAAGAGAUAGGUCAGCUCAAACAGUUAAUGGAGUUGGAUGUAAGCUGCAAUGAGAUCACAGCAUUGCCACAGCAGAUAGGCCAGUUAAAGUCUCUCCGAGAACUGAAUGUCAGAAGAAAUUAUCUUAAAGUUUUACCACCAGAAUUAGUAGAUCUUCCUUUGGUAAAGUUUGACUUUUCCUGCAACAAAGUGCUCGUGAUCCCAAUCUGUUUUAGAGAGAUGAAGCAGCUGCAAGUGCUACUGCUUGAGAAUAACCCACUGCAGUCUCCUCCAGCCCAGAUUUGCACGAAGGGAAAAGUGCACAUAUUUAAGUAUCUGAGCAUACAAGCGUGCCAGAUCAAGACAGCUGACUCCCUGUAUCUCCACACCAUGGAGAGGCCACAUUUGCACCAGCAAGUGGAAGACAGCAAGAAGGAUUCUGACUCAGGAGUUGGAAGUGAUAAUGGAGAUAAGCGAUUAUCUGCCACUGAGCCUUCUGAUGAAGAUGCGGUCAGCCUCAAUGUGCCAAUGUCAAAUAUCAUGGAAGAAGAGCAGAUUGUCAAGGAGGAUGUGUGCCAUCGCCUUACCCCAGCUGCAGGGGAAUUUCAUCAGGAAUUUCAACCAGAGCCUUCCCUCUUGGGUGACAGCAACAACUCAGGACAAGAAGGAGACCAGUUUGCUGAUGGAGCAGAUGUUCUCCGCUCAGGAUAUAUGAACUAUAUUAAGGACAGGGCAGAAGACUGUGAAGAGCUGUUACGGAUAGAAGAGGAUGCACACUGGCAGACAGAGGGACUAAUAAGUUUGUCCAAAGAUCAGGACAUGGAUAUAGCAAUGAUUGAGCAGCUCAGAGAAGCAGUAGAUUUACUGCAAGAUCCCAAUGGAUUAAGCACAGAUAUUACAGAAAGAAGUAUUUUAAAUCUGUAUCCUAUGAGAACAGAAGAAGAUUUAGAAUUACCAGAUUCUGCACUAAACGGUCAGACAGAGCUAGAGACAUCUCCGGUGUGUGAGGUGCAAAACGACCUAACAUUACAGAGUAAUGGAAGCCAGUAUUCUCCAGAUGAGAUGAGAGAGAGCUCCCCCACAGUCUCUCCUACCAUUAACAGCACAGCUCCAUUUGGCCUGAAGCCUCGAUCAGACCCAGCCCUCAUUCUCCCUCCUAUCUCCUUCAACAAACUUACACAGGCACAAAUAUGGGACAACUCUAGCUACAGUGUUCCAUCUGAAGGAGACAGUGACAAUGUGUUUCUAAGACCUCAAAGAAACCUGGAAUCUAUAGACCCGCAAUUUACUAUUCGGAGAAAAAUGGAACAGUUACGAGAAGAAAAAGAGCUGGUGGAACAGCUCCGUGAGAGUAUCGAGAUGAGACUGAAGGUCACUCUUCAUGAGGACUUAGGGGCAGCACUCAUGGAUGGCGUGGUCCUCUGCCACCUGGUCAACCACAUCCGCCCGCGGUCUGUUGCAAGCAUCCAUGUGCCCUCCCCGGCAGUUCCCAAACUUAGCAUGGCUAAAUGCAGAAGAAAUGUGGAAAACUUUUUAGAAGCAUGCCGAAAACUAGGAGUACCAGAGGAAAAACUGUGUCUUCCCCAUCACAUCCUUGAAGAAAAAGGCCUGGUCAAAGUGAGCAUCACCGUCCAAGCCUUACUUGAUGUCACUGUCACAAAGACGCUAUUCACAUGAGACCAAGCCCUCUCCUCUGAGUCAGCUCAGACUCUUCUCCCGUCAGGGAUGCUGGACUCUACUCCUGGGACCUGUUCCACCCUGUCCCCCACUUGCUGCCUGUCAGUUCCCCCACUCUGGUUGCAUUGCCAAGGUUUCCAGUCUAAGGGCGGACCUUGCACCUUUCAGAGCUGACCUCCAGCUUUAAGACUUGACGGGUAUUCUCUUGAAGCCGGUGAGGGUGCUGGUGGAGAACUAAAUAGCACAUCAUUGCCUUUUCAACCUCGGUCGUCCCUUCCACACUUACCACCUGCCAUUAUCCAAAUGCCAAGCACAGCUGUUCUGCAGCAAGACGCAUCUGUUUUGUUAAAGCCAAACUUGUUACAGAUUUAGUAGGGGGAGGGGGAUAUAAUCAGGUUUCUCACCACCAAAUUUUUCAAGAAAUUUCUUGAGACCAUUGCCUUUUAAAAAACUAUUUUCAACAUACAAGAUAUUUAUAUAAAUAUUAUUUAUUAGUGAGUUGUUAUUCAUCCUUUGGAUGCAAAUUGUAAAUUAGGAAACUAUUUUAUUACUGCUUUUUUGUGGUUAAACACUUUAUUUUAUUAUAAAUAUUGAGUUAUUUUCUAUCCUCUUUGGUGUGCAGUAGUUCUGGGUCUCAGUAAUCAUGUUUCCUGGUGUAUAUGAUUCAGAAAAAAUUAAGCAAAAAACAGGUGCUUCUGUGACAAAGAACUGUUUUCUGGGGAGGCAUUCUUUAUACUUCGGUUUGUGGAACAUUGGUCUUAUUUAUACUUCUGCAUUCCAUCCAGUUUCCUACAUUCCAGCAGCCCUAUUGUCCCCCAAUAUAAUGAACUGACUGAAGUCAAGAGCACCCCAAAGUUAAUUGUAAAUAGCUGUGAUGGAAAAAAGACAUUAAACUUGAAGAUAAAAUGUGAACAGUUAUUUUUUGAAUUCAUACUUCUUUUGCUAUGCACAAAACAUUCACAUUUUAACACAAAGAAGUAAUGUGUUAGUAUUGUGUGUCUUGAAAUAUAAUUUUGCACUGUAACUUGAAGAGUCUAGCACCAAAGGUAGAUAAUGAGGAAAUGAUACAGGAAAGUGGAGAUGAUUAAAAGACUAUUGUUAAACCAAAAACAUUUUUAAAAGAAGCUUCGACUGAGUGACCAAAAAUUGUUUCAGGCACAUAGGACUUGGAGCGGGAAACGAGCACUUCUUACAACUGCCAGUUUUGAAAGAGGAAAUGAUUUUGAGAUGUAGGUAUGCUUGUUUUAUUAUAAUUUAGUUGAGUUUUUUAAGUAGUUGGUAAAAUCCUGCAAGACUCACAGUCUUUGGUGUGAGUGAGAGAAGCGAAUGAGUCAUCCGUGAGCUGGGGUGGCUCUGUGCAGCACCAAAGCAGACCAGGAAGGCUCAGUAAGUGGAAUAUGUGAGACUGAGCAGCCUGCGGGGAGGCAGGUGCGCAGGAGACAGGGCUGGAGAGGAGCCAGCUGGGGAGAGGAGCUUUUGGCAGUAGUCUGAGAGUUGCAGGAGGCGUCACAUCACAGGACAACCUCUAUCAGGCAGUGACAGGCAUGUGCACUCACAUUGCAGUUAUGCUCGGCCCAAAAUUAGUCUUAAAGGUCCUGUGAAUGCUGAUUGCACUUUCAUCUCUGUGAAAAGCCAUUAGAGGUUUCUAGAACAGCAGUAGGCACAAUUUGCAAAUGUAAAGGUGAACCCAGAAGAGUGCAUAGAAGACAGACCUUUGUCAAGGGAUGCUAGGGCUGCCUCCACUCUAGGGAAGAUGGGCUCCGGAGCGUGGACAUUUAGAUUGGCAGCUAACAUUUAUUUUCUAUCAAAUGUACUGUGCACUUUAACCUAACUUAAAAUAUAUUUUAAUAUUUCCUGUACUGAACAAAUACCUGUGUUGUCAAAUAGCAUAAUGAUGCAAAAGAUGAAAGGCAUUUGGGACUAAGAGCGUACACAAUUUAAGCAACAUUCAAAGGUUGAUUAUAUAAAUAAGAUUUUAGACUGCUGCACCUGCAUGGGCAUUCAGAGUGCAGGAUCCUGAAAUAUUUUUUCUGUGUAUAUAUGGCAGUGUGAAGCUCUGUAAUCAUUGUAUUCAGAGAUUUUUUUCAAAAUUAAAAUAUUUCAUUUGAUAUUAAUUUUCAGUAUUUUCUGGAUGUUGACUGUGUAAUACAAAUAGCUUCAGUAUUUUGUAAAAAUGGCCUUUUUUUCUUUUAAAUGCAGUUCUUGUACGGCUAAGACAUCAAGAUCUUUGUACACUGUGUAUAUGUGUAAUAAAAUGUGUAUGGCUGGCUGACAGUACCAUAAAAACACAGUGUGUACGGUGCAAAAUCUCUCCUUUUGUGAUUUAACAGCCAUUAAAACUUUGCAUUUGUAUAAACCACCUUCUGAUUGACUUACCCAUCUGAUACAAAGGCUGAUGCUUGUGUCUCACACACACACAAUAAGGUGUCAUUGUUGAAACAUUUUAGCAAUUAUAUUUUGUAAAUAUGUAUAUGUCCAUAAAUAAUUUGUAUAUUUGUAUGUAUAUAAAACCUGUACAGUAAGUAUAUGUAGCUAUCAGAAUGAAUACAGAUACAUAGUACAGUAGUUCCCCUUUUCCAAGGGUUUACUUUUCAUGAUUUCAGUUACCCAUGGUCAACCUCAUCCAAAAAUACUAAAAAUAUUAAAAAAUACUCCGUCUUGAUUCUUUAGAGAGAGACCAUAUUCACAUAACUGUCAUAGUAUAUUGAUAGCAUUGUUCUAUUUUAUUAUUGUCAGUCUUUUACUGUAUGUAACUUUUAAAUAAAAAUUUGUCAUACGUGUGUAUAUAUAGGAAAAAA